UGAAAUUGAAAUUCAGUAACAGAAGUAAACACUUGUGCAAGAGUGCAGACGACGAUCUCGGUCUGUUUAGGGCUGUUGAUUUCGGUCGAUUGUGAAUUAUGAUUGGUAGUCGGAGAUAUAGUUACUCCCAGGAGAAACGUAAUGCAAUUGGCGUUCACCAUGUUCAAGUUGGGAGGAGGAGUGAUGUUGGGGCUGGGCUUGGCCUUCUUGUAAGGCUGUCUCCACUUCUUCUUCUUCUUCUACCAUAUGCCUUGAAUCUCUUCCUGCUCAAGGACAAAUCACUCAGUAUUUUACUUUGGAGCUGUCUUUUCUCUUCUUUCAUUGUCAUAUUGUUGAUUCGGAAGCCAGUCAAGAAAGAGUCUAUCAUAAUCCUGCCAGCUUUUGGAGUUCAACUCGAGACUCAUUAUUUAAGUGGAAAGGUUUUCCGCCACUUUAUUCCCAUUGAAAAGAUUCUGAAACCCGUGCUGCUAGAAUGUUUGACCCCAACUACUUGUUACUGGAGCUUGGCUCUGAUGAUGCGGGGGGAAGAGGAACUGAUGUUGUUAUUCAAGGAAUUACGUCCACCAUUGAAGAUUUUAGUCCCCAUCUGGAAGGCCUUGAAGAAUGUCCCGACACUUUUUACAGAAGAUGGUCAACAAUGUUGAAGGACUUUUAUAUCAAG